AUGAGACAAUACCCGGGUGCGAAAAUCAUCCAGUGCACCCUGGGCCGCCAGAAACCAGUUAAGGCAGCAAUCGUCGUCUUCGGUGACAAUGUGGAAGUCAUUCACGACCCCCAGAUCGUCACCGAAAACCUGGUAGCGGUCUUUGUAAAGGCCGGCAAGCUCGAGCUCGGGUUACUGUCCGUGUACUUUGAAGGGGACCAAGAUAUGGAAACCUAUCUACAGCAGCUGAGAGCGGCAACCACAAAAAUCUCCACUCACCAUCUUAUAGUGGCAGGUGACGUGAAUGCCUGGAGUCACUGGUGGGGCAGCAGCUCCGAAAAUCAUCGAGGAGCACAAUUCCACGGAUUUAUAACCGAGAUGGACCUCCAUAUUCACAAUGUAGGCAAUAUCCCUAGAUUCGAGACCUAUAGAGGCGGCAAGCUUUACUCGAGCUGCGUGGACGUAACUCUGACCAGUCAGUCCCUUCUUGCAGCAAUGGAGAACUGGAGGGUGGAAAGAGAUCUGAUUACGUCUGAUCACAACGCCAUCACGUUCAAUCUGCGUACCGAGGGACCUCUAAAACCUAUAGAACCAAUCUCGACUCGCAGAUACAACACCAAUAAGGCGAGAUGGACAGAUUUCACCACAAACUUGAAGUCCGAGCUUGCAGAAGAAAACAUAACUCAGAGUUGUGUCUCUAAGGUCCUGAACAAAGAAGAACUGGAGGAUAUCAUCAAUAACUAUGUCUAG